UUUCGCUUUAUAGAUCUUUACCUGGGACAACAGCAGCCGAGUGUGAAUCAAAUCUCAAAAGAUCUACACAGUCCACACAGUACAGAGCUUUUGGAGUGUAUAUAAUAAUAUUCCUCCAGUGACUACUUUGCCUUUGAGGUGUAGUUACCACUUAAUGCGUGGAGAAAGACGGCCUCUGUGGGAAGAGGAAAGUAAUGCAAAAGGAGGUGUAUGGAAGAUGAAGAUUCCUAAAGAAAGUACAUCUGCAGUUUGGAUAGAGCUUUUGCUUGCUACAAUUGGUGAACAAUUUGUUGACUUCUGUGCAUCAGGUGAUGAAGUAAUUGGAGUCAGUGUUAGUAUUCGGGAUCGUGAAGAUGUGGUACAAGUGUGGAAUGUAAGCGCAUCUCAUGCAAGUGAAGCAAACGUUUUAAGAAAAAUCUAUGAACUUCUUCCUAACACCUCCUUCAAAGCGGUGUUUUAUAAACCUCACAAAGAACAUCAUGCAUUUGAAGGAGGACGUUUUAAACAUUAACACCGGCUCAUACCAGAUGUUACAGAUGGCAUGUUUUCAUUUGAUUUCAGAGCUUGUCCCUGACCAUGGACACUCAGAAACACUACUCCAUUCAACAUGGAAAUAGCCAUAUAUUGCUUUAAUGUAUGAAAAGAAAGCAUCUCAUCUUUAUACCUCAAGUUGAAAUUACUUUUUCAUUGUUGUACACUACCAUGUUAUAUUAUGUUUAUGUGCUCAAUGUUUUUCCCAUGCUUUUAUAAAAAUGAAAAGUGAACUGCACAUAUGAAGACCUGCACCACUGCAAUUACUGUGUGCUUUGACACAUUCCCAGUAAAUCAAAGCAUAGUCAGCUCUUACCUGUUUUUGUCCCUUAUGUUCACAACUGAGAUUGUUAAAACAGGACUACCAAUUUGCUGACAGAAUUGUGUAUUAAUGUUUAAUUUACUGUCUUAUUUUUAGCCAUUUGUCAGUAUAUUCCUGCUUUGUCACGUAUAUAUUAGUACUUAAAUGCAAUACAGUAUAUACAUAAUUAAAAUUGCCAUCAUGGUUUUUUGGAACAAAUUUAAUUUGAUUAAGAUCAUGCAGAAAUGGUGUCAUUUAAGCUGUAGAAAGGAAGUAUGGCAUGAAUGUGAAAUAUGUUUUAUACACUUUUGAUCAGCUAUACAUUUCCUUUUGAUUCAAAAAGAAUUAAUUUAUUUAGUCUAAAGUUUGUAAUUGUUUGAACUUCUGUUUUUCCCCAUCUAGUUACAAUUUCACGUAAUCUCUUUCAGCAUUUUAACUUAGAAUAUUUGGUUACAUAUGUACCUUUCUACAUUUAUAAAAAUGUAUUAUACUGUUUGUAUAGUAGAUAAUUAAGAACUUUAGCACUGAGUUAAUGGGAGUGCACAGAGUAUUUAUUUUUAUUGUGUGUUUACAUGUCACUGUAUUAUGUAUUAUCACAAAUACAUUUGCUGGAAUAUCUUUGGAGAUAAAUCACCAGAUUAUCGUUUUUUCCAAAGAUGCGUAUUUUUUAUGCACAUUAAUCAUGUUCUUUUCAAUAUAAUAUGCAAAAUGGAAUAAUAUUAUGCUUAGAAAUGUAAUUGCUUUUAAGUUGUUCCUUCUGGUAAUGUCCUUUAAGAUGAAUAAAACAAUAAUAUGCUUCCUUGCAUCUCUAAAAAUUUGAAGUAGGCUGUGUCCCUCCAUAUUCAACCAUACAGCUAGAUUUUCAUUUUUUCAUAUUACAUAUAAACAAAGGUUUUGGAUAUAGUCUAUUUUAUUUCCAGAUUAUCUUCUGUACUUUAGUUUUACAACCAAAGUUGUUCAAAAUUCAAUACUGUAACAAAUUUAUAAAACAAUUAUUUAUUGAAAAGGCUAUGAAAAUGAUUAUUUAGUGACAAUUUUUGCAUUUGGUUGUCAAAUCUUUUAAGUAUUUAUAUAACGUCAUCUCAUGUAUAUGUUCACUUUAUAAUGAUAGUUGUUACAGUUAUUUUAUGCAACCUCUUGUUAUCUGUCAAGACUUUGCAGAAUGGUGCCUUGUUAUAUUCCAGAAUUUAACCUCAUGUAAUGUGCCAUUCAUAAAAUCACCUUUUUAACAGUUGUAUAUAUUAAAUAUUAUUCUUGUAGUUUUUGAAAAAUAAAGUUUGCAAACCUA